AACACUCACCGACGGCAUCGGUACGUGCCACUUGGAUCUAUCCGCAGCAAACACGGGUGCUGGACCUGCACCAAGAAACGACAAUGGGAACGGCUGCGCCCCUAAAAGAAGAAAAAUAACAGGAGACACCUGAAGCCACGCAGCCACCGCCAUCUUCACGGCCAUAGAGCGCCUACCAAAAGCAUUGAGCCUUCUUCCGGCUAGCUAGUCCCGCCUUCUUCCGGCUCGUCCCACUCUCUUCCGGCUUUGCUCUGUGGGCGGGAUUAUCCGGGUCCUUGAAACUGCGGAGUUUUUUCCCUCCGACCCUCCGAGCGCUCCGGUAACUUUGAGCCUAUUGCGCAGGCGUCUUCCUUUCUCGCUGCUAUCGUGACCUGGAGGUGAACUACCAGAGUUUUGAGAUCUGGUGCUUCCCUCUGUUCUUCCAGCCGUUAAAGGAACUCAGUGCGUCGGUCAAGUCUUUGCUCUUCCAACUUCUUCCUGCCCCUCAUCCUUUCCAAAUCAAGGUCAGGCGCCGGUGAGACGUCUGUAGAAGCGCGCAUACUGGAUGCAUGAUUGACAUCCAGUUUUGAGUUCUCUGGCUGUCGAGCUGCGAAAACAGAACCUAGAAUUUGACAGGGCUGGAGUAGAAACGAUUCAUGAGCUCCAAAGUCCCGUUUGACCCUGAAAGACUGUGGGUCAGCUGCAGCAUAGUUUGACAGGCAACAUCAGCGUCCAGCGUCCAGAGGCACUCUCCACUUAAAAAGUGAGGAGAGAUCAGUCAGGUCAGCUUUCGGUAUUGUAGAGUGAGACAGGCCCUUAUUGGUGCUUCCUGUUUCUCACACUCUAGAUUUUAACCUCUAGGGCAGCGAGCACAUCUUCUCCGCCAAUAAAAGCAAGGUUCAUCAGCCACUCUAAACCAAGAAAUAUUUACCAAGUAUUAUUAUCCCUGCAAACACGCUGGUUUAUGCUUGAGAAAGUCCCAGGUUGGGGGAAAAAAAAAUCAAGAUUGGCCUCUGCCUGAAGGGGACUGUGAUGAAGUACGGGUUAUAAUUUAGCAAGCCUGCUUGUUACCCGGAUUUUUAAAGAUCGCCUGAAGCUGUGACCUGAGAGUUAGGAGCCAGGCAGAGUUAACAGGGAAGCCAUGGAAACACCUGAGAAAAAGGAAAUCAGUGUUGAAGAUGAAGCAGUGGAUAAAACCAUUUUCAAAGACUGUGGCAAGAUUGCAUUCUACAGGCGGCAGAAACAGCAGCUCUCCAAGAAUACCACCUACCGGGCUUCACUAGGCUCCGUCAGCACAGAACAGGACAGCACCAGGUUCCAAAUCAGCAGUGAAGCAACUAAGAUUCCUCUUGUGGCUGAAGUUUAUGGUAUAGAGAAGGACAUUUUCAGACUUAAGAUCAAUGAAGAAACUCCACUGAAACCAAGGUAUGAAGUUCCUGAUGUCGUCAACAGCAAGCUUGGAACUGUCAGGCUGGUCUGCUCAGGGGACACAGGCAGCCUGACACUGACAGAUAGAAAAGGAGAUCUGAGAUGUCAUAUCUCAGCAAACCCAUUCAAGAUUGAUUUGUUGUCUAAGGACGAGGCUCUGAUCAGCAUCAACUCCCUGGGCAAGCUAUACUUUGAGCACCUGCGGGUUCCUCACAAGCAGAGAGCUACCAAAGGAAAUGGACAAAAUACACCAGCUGACACCUUUCAGGAAAAUCAAGAGGACCUGGGCCUGUGGGAAGAGAAAUUUGGAAAAUUUGUGGAUGUCAAAGUUAAUGGCCCUUCCUCUGUUGGUUUGGAUUUCUCCCUUCAUGGAUUUGAACAUCUCUAUGGUAUCCCUCAACAUGCAGAGUCACACCAACUUAAAAAUACUAGAGAUGGAGACGCAUACCGUCUUUAUAACCUAGAUGUCUAUGGAUACCAAGUUCAUGACAAAAUGGGCAUAUAUGGUUCAGUGCCUUAUCUCCUGGCCCACAAACAGGGCAGGACUGUAGGUAUUUUCUGGCUGAACGCCUCAGAAACACUAGUGGAGAUCAACACAGAGCCAGCAGCUGAGUACACACUGACCCAGAUGGGCCCAGCAGCUGCCAAACAAAAAGUCAGGUGCCGAACUAAUGUGCACUGGAUGUCAGAGAGUGGGAUCAUUGACGUUUUUCUGCUGACAGGACCUACACCUGCUGACAUCUUCAAGCAGUACUCAUAUAUCACAGGCACACAAGCCAUGCCCCCUCUUUUUUCCCUGGGGUACCACCAGUGUCGCUGGAACUAUGAAGAUGAACAGGAUGUGAAGGCAGUCGAUGCAGGGUUUGAUGAACAUGACAUUCCAUAUGAUGUCAUGUGGCUGGACAUAGAGCACACGGAGGACAAGAAGUACUUCACCUGGGACAAAAAGAGAUUCGCAAACCCCAAAAGGAUGCAAGAGCUGCUCAGGAGCAAAGGACGCAAGCUUGUGGUUAUCAGUGACCCCCACAUCAAGGUGGAUCCUGACUACACAGUCUAUGCUGAAGCCAAAGAACGGGGCUUCUUUGUGAAGAAUCCAGAGGGUGGCGACUUGGAAGGAGUCUGUUGGCCUGGUCUCUCGUCUUACCUGGACUUCACCAACCCCAAGGUCAGAGAGUGGUAUUCCAGCCUUUUUGCUUUUCCUGUCUAUCAGGGAUCUACGGACAUCCUUUUCCUAUGGAAUGACAUGAAUGAGCCCUCAGUCUUCAGAGGGCCAGAGCUAACCAUGCAGAAGAAUGCUGUUCAUCAUGGCAACUGGGAACACAGAGAACUUCACAACAUCUACGGCUUUUAUCACCAAAUGGCUACGGCAGAAGGAUUGAUACAGCGAUCUCAGGGGAAGGAGAGGCCCUUUGUUCUUUCGCGUUCCUUCUUUGCUGGAUCACAAAAGUAUGGUGCAGUGUGGACGGGAGACAACACAGCAGAAUGGAGCUAUCUGAAAAUCUCCAUCCCUAUGUUACUUACCCUCAGUGUCUCAGGGAUCUCCUUCUGUGGAGCUGAUGUGGGCGGCUUCAUUGGCAAUCCUGAAGCAGAGCUGCUAGUGCGCUGGUACCAGGCUGCAGCUUACCAGCCCUUCUUCCGAGGCCAUGCUACCAUGAACACCAAGCGGCGAGAACCCUGGCUGUUUGGGGCAGAAUACACUCAGCUGAUCCGGGAAGCCAUCAGAGAGCGCUACAGCCUCCUGCCCUAUCUGUAUUCUCUGUUCUACCAUGCGCACGUGUCUUCUCAGCCUGUCAUGAGGCCCCUGUGGGUCGAAUUUCCUGAUGACUUAGAGACUUUUGCUGUGGAAGAUGAAUACAUGCUAGGCAAUGCUUUAUUGGUUCAUCCAGUUACAGCACCACAGACCACCAUGAUUGAUGUCUUCCUGCCAGGGUCAAAUGAGGUCUGGUACAACUCUAAGACAUUUGCAUAUUGGAAAGGAGGAUGUGCUGUGAAGGUUCCAGUAACCUUGGAUACUAUCCCAGUGUUUCAACGAGGUGGAAGUGUGGUACCAGUAAAGACUACUGUGGGGAAGUCCACCGGCUGGAUGACUGACUCCCCAUAUGGGCUCCGAGUUGCCCUAAACACUCAGGGUUCUGCUGUGGGAGAGCUGUAUCUCGAUGACGGCCAUUCAUUCCAGUACCUCCACCAGAACCAGUUCUUACACCGCAAGUUCUUAUUCUGCUCCAGUGUUCUGACCAACAGGUGUGCUGAUGAGAAGGGUCAUUACCCCAGCAAGUGCAUCGUGGAGCAGAUCUUGGUCUUAGGCCUUAAGAAGAAGCCAUCUUCUGUGACUACCCAUUCUUCUGAUGGUAAAGUUCAGCCUGCAACUUUUGCGUACUGUGCCAAAACAUGUACCCUGAGUCUGAAGAAGCUGUCUCUGAGUGUUGGUGAUGACUGGGAGGUCCAUGUCAGCUGACAAGCAGGUGCCCUGGUAGAGUACGGGAAGCCACCUGACCACUCUGCCUUCUUAGCCUCCUGAGAGCCGUGCUGCCAUCUAAUUUGCUUCCCUGGGGAAAAUGACAUUUCUCUUAUCUCUAGUGUACUGAUGACCAGUAAAUUUCAGGCUUAAAGAUUUUAGCCAGGUGCAGUAGCCCACUCCUGUAAUCCCAGCACUCAGAAAGCUGAAGCAGAAGGAUCGUGAGUUCAAGACCAGCCUAAGCAAGACCUGUCUCAAAAAAAAAUCAAAAAUAAGAUUUCAGAUUUUACAUUUAAAGAUGUAUUGUUGACCCUCUGCACAAACACUGCCCUCCCCACAGCCCCACAAUUCCCUGAGACAUUAAAAGAGCUCAAUGAGUGGCCUGACUUGGAGCAGGGCUACUCAAGAGACCCGUUUGUGGGGCUUGCUUCAGGCUGUACAGCACACAGAGUGCUGUAUAGCACAUUCUGGCUGUUGCAGCAGCAGCAGAGUUGCCCAACCCAAUAUCCAAGUAGAUAGCAGUGCCUGGUACUCUGAGGGUUACCUUCUGUCAGCAGCUGUGUGGGUGUGGCAGCCGCUGCCACAGACACUGCAUGGGCAGAGCUGUGGAAAGGUCUUCUCCCCUGAGAGUGACUCCGGAACACAAGGAUAAGAUCCUCUUUCACACUUCUUAGAUUCAAAACUACCAAAUCAAUUUUCAAAGUCAGAUUUAUACCUUUUAAUUAUACUUUAUUAAAUACUAUCUACUAACUGAAGAAUAUGUAUAAAGUGAAUAUAAUAAGCUAUAAUUAGUAAAAAAUGAAAUAAAUACCCACAUCCCACAGGUGAACUUCAAAAAUAGAGCACAGGCCUGGGCCUAGAAUAGCACAAGUGAUUGGCAGUUGUCUUAGGCACGACCAAUAACCAAAAUAAGUAAUAUUUCAAUACACUGUCUUUAAAAAUCAAAAUGAAUGC